CACAUUUUGGAAAAGAGGCUGUGUUGGUGCAUGGUGUGUGACAGUUACCAUAGUGACCACAAACAAUGCCGAAGAACGCGCGCGUCACACUUUACUACGGACCUUAUGAAUCCAAUGGAGUCGUAGGACACAGGAGCUUCCGCCUGCAGGGUCUACAGGCCGCUCUGAGAGCGCGCGGGCACCAGUGCGUCAUGGAAGAAACGCGCGAGUGGAACAUGGUGGAGCUCGUGGUCAGCGGGGAGGUCGUCUUCAGCUGUGAUAUAAAGCAGCUGCAGUUUGGUGGAGAUGGAAAACUAGACCCUGUUUGCAGUGAGGCUGUGACUGCUGUGGACAACGCUUACUGAAGAGAACAGAAACCUACAACUUAGAUUUUAAAUAAAAAAUAAAUAAAACAUCCUUGUGCAUAUAUAUAUAUUUUUUAAUUCUACAACUCAGUCCAAUAAGACUAUAAUUACUUGUACUUUCUUUUUAUUGCUGCAUGAAUUCACAGGUGUGCUGUUGGUGAUGGGACAGUGAAUUAUUGCUGAGGCUAACUAGUGUUAGUAAUUUGAUAAACUGCAGAUUUGUUGGGGAAUUUGCGUCAUUAAAGUACAAUAUAAACUAAGAUUGUACCUGCGUUGGUCCCAUGUCUUCUUUUGGUUUUAAGACAUUUAAUUUAUA